AUGCCGGUCACUCCUUACAUUAAGCAAGUGCAAGCAUCUCGCAUAAAAAAGGAAAUUGCUGAACUAUCCGAGAAGAAGAACUUCGUAGUCUCGAUCAACAAAGUCGGAAAUAAGGAAAACUACAACGUGAAAUUCAAAUCGAACCACCCUCUGCUUUCACACGCUGUGAUGACAGUAAACUUCGACCUGACGGGUGACUAUCCUUUCCGUCCCCCCAAUGUACGCUUCGCUCACCAGUUCUACCACCCUAAUGUAGAUAACGGCGGUGAUAUAUGCAUACCAAUAUUAUGCUUCGACAAUUGGAAGCCAGCAACCACUCUUGAAAACAUUAUGUUAUCUCUAUUGCAACUGCUUGGUGAACCUGACCUAUCUCGACCGAUCCGGUUCGACGUCGCAGAAGAAUAUGUGAAGGAUCCAGCAAAAUACAAGACGAAUGUAGCACAGUGCUUGGCGAAGAUAGCGAAUGGCGCAAGAUCGGUAGAAAGAAUACCACAUGUGCUGCAACGUAAUGGCGUGCAGAUUAUAAGCAAAUACAACAUCACUACAUUAGAGGUCUUCGUCAUCGCCGACAUUCUUCAAUUGGUCGAACAACAGGAUCUAGAUCAGGGCAAGAGAGCUCAGAGUGUAUGCCGAGCAGAGAAAUUACACCAAUGCCCAGUUUUCGCUACCCAUCCGAAUAUAUAUAGGAUGCAAAGCAUAGGUGGUUCGGUCAAAUUACGAGAAGAAUCGACGACAGAUGGACUACAAGAAGUGGACCCAAAAAAUGCUGAACGUCUUCGAGGGUUUGCUAUCCAACGAAGGAAGAUGGGUGGAAUAAACUGGAAAGACUUCUGUGGAGGAGAUCUUUGGCACAACCCUUUCCCAGAUGGCCUCCCGAAUCUAUCGGUAUGUUUUCAACACACUGUGCUCGUUUGGGUGCCUGUCGGCUUUUUCUGGGCGCUUUUUCCAUUUCUCGUAGCUCAAGCAUCACUUACAAGCCGCAAGUACUCUAGUUUGCCAUGGAGUCCCCACUUGCUUCUAAAAAUAAGUGCCACUACUUUUAUCACUCUAGUUUCUGUAUUCAUUUUCUUGUAUACUGUUUUCUCGUCGGCUUCCUUUCCACCUUCAGACAUACUAUAUCCGCUGUUGUGGACUGUUACCUUUGGUUGUACAACCAUCGCUCACGUAAUACGAAAGAGAUCUGGUAUGGUCACGUCAGGAAUACUCCAUUUGUCAGCUGUUGCUUUCGCCAUUUGCGGAGGACCACAGUUCUAUCAAAAUGUUAGGGAAGGCAACGAUGAUCGUUCGUACCUUUCAUCUUCAUUGUGUAUCGCUUACUACGUUUGGUAUUCUGCAUUGAUAGUUUACGUGUUAGUCAUGUGUUUUGCGGAUCCACGGGAACCAAGCGAAAAAACGCGUCGAUCGGCCGAACUGGAUAGCUCGUUCUUUAAUCGAUUAACUUUGUGGUGGUUUAACCCAGUUCCAUGGAAAGGUGCUCAGAAAGAUCUAGAGCCUGAAGACCUCUUCGAGUUGAACGAGGGAAGCACAACAAAAUAUUUGUGCGAUCUCUGGGAGCAACACUGGGAACCCCGAAUGCAAGACUAUCGGCGCAAAAGACAGUUACAUUGCAAGUCAUUGAGGAACAGGGCGAUGUUUGAAGUUGGAAUCCAUUUAGGAUACGUUAUUAAAGAAGUUCUAGUUCUGCUCACCCCAAAACUCGAGGUUCUCUCCUGGGGUUAUUAUGUGAGACUACAACCACAUGUGAAGCUGAAGCAGUGCGUCGAGAUGCGUUAUGCUCUAAAAGCGACACCCGUAUAUGUUUUCUAG